AUGUGCAUUUUAUAUCUAAUAAUUGCAGAUAUUAAUGAAGUAAAAAGAGAUGUUUUGAAUCUGGAAGCAAAACUCGCAUCUUUUAAAUCGUAUUUACAAAAGGAAAUGGCAACUCUUAAAAUUCGUUUUAGUGAAAUUCAGUGUGAGUUAAAAGGUAAACGAUUUAAAGAACAUAAGAACUACAAGCCACAUGAAAAAAACACAAAACAGUUCACAGAAAUCGUCCCCAGUCCAGUUAGAGUUCUUAUAAAUUCUCCGUUCAAAUGUCCUGCAAAACAUGAGCUACAGUCAAACAGAUUAUCAAUGUUAUCUGGUACUGCAAAAAGCUUAAUUAAGAAACAGGCUGAUGAUAAAGGUACCUAA